AUGGCUUUAGAUGGCAAAUCACGUCCGCAUACAACUCCAGAGCAGAAGGGGGCAGUAAUGUGCAAAUUCCUAAAUCUACUUGAUUUUGUUGACAAGGAUCUCGAAGCCUUAAAGAAAAGCUUUUCAAAGCUGGAGCUGGCUGUAACCUACGACUUUAUCCGUAAAGCUGGUCAGAAAUACUUUGUGUCAAACAAGAAGACAGGAUCUUUCUCCCAGGCCAUCGAGUUCUGCUCUCAACAAGACCUAGAGUUGGCUUUGCCUAAGAAUGAGAAGGAGAACAAUGCACUGACUCAUUUCUUUGAUGAAAUGGACAAAAUGGUCUGGGUCAAUGUCAACAAUAAAAAAGCAGAGGGUAAUUUUGAGACAGAUAUGAAAAAACGUGGUCUGAAUUUCACCAAAUGGGGAGGAGGACAGCCAGACACAUCUGUGGGGGAGACAGGCUGCACCAUGCUGUCAGAAAACGGUGUCUGGCGAGUGUCAAGCGAAUGCUCUCUGAAUGCUUACAUAAUUUGCCAGAUAUAAAAAUGUCUUAUAACCCUUACA